AUGUCCACCGACGACUCGGAAUUCACGGGACAAACAAGAGACGGUCUCACUCGUCUCCCUCCCGUCGCAACCGAAGAGACACCCUUGCUGCAAGAUGAGUAUCCGGCCCAACAGGAAGAUACAGAUGGAACACCCAUCGUCAAAGAGCCCACAACCUUUGAGUUGAUUCUCGUGCUGGGAAGUAUCUGGGUAGGCGUCUUUCUUGCCGCGCUCGAUGCUACCGUUGUCGCGACUCUAUCCGGUCCCAUCUCCUCGUCAUUUAAUUCCUUGUCGCUGUUGUCGUGGAUUGCGGUUUCGUAUUUGAUUUCCAAUGCCGCGUUUCAGCCGCUGAGCGGUAGAUUAACCGACAUAUUCUCGCGACGGGCUGGCCUUGUGUUUUCGAAUGUCUUUUUCGGUAUUGGAAAUCUUAUCUGUGGUCUUGCGACGGAGCAAUGGAUGAUCGUGACCGGGCGGGUGGUUGCCGGUAUUGGCGGUGGUGGUCUGACGGCAAUCUCAACAUUUGUCACUUCGGAUCUGGUCCCAUUGCGGCGACGGGGCGUGUGGCAGGGAAUUGGUAAUAUCUGCUAUGGCACUGGCAUGGGCUUAGGAGGUGUUUUCGGUGGUAUGGUUAAUGAUUCGCUCGGUUGGCGGUGGGCGUUCUUGAUUCAGGUACCGUUUGUUGUACUAUCGACUGUGCUCAUUUGUUUUACGGUGAAAGUGCCAGUCAAGGAAACAGACAAGUCGCGCCUUAAACGAGUGGACUUUUUGGGUGCUUUUACAUUGAUUGUGUUCCUGGUUUUGCUGCUGCUCGGUCUCAAUGCUGGCGGCAAUCAAGUUCCUUGGACUCACCCACUAGUCCUAACCAGUCUACCUUUAUCUGCAGUCUUUCUGGUAAUCUUCAUCUACAUUGAAGAUCAGAUCGCGUCAGAGCCUGUCAUUCCAGUCCGCCUGUUACUCGACCGAACAGUCGGAUUUGCCUGCUUGACAAACUGGUUCUCUACAAUGGCAGUCUUCGGUCUACUCUACUACGUGCCGAUCUACUUCCAGGUUCAAGGUUAUUCCGUAACGGCAGCUGGUGUCCGUCUUGUUCCCGAAGCGGUUGGUACAGCUCUGGGCUCGUUGGGGUCAGGAAUGAUCAUGCGUGUUACGGGCCGAUAUAUGCUUCUGAACUGUAUAGUCAUGGCUCUGCUGGUUGUCUGCUCUGGCAUAUUCUGCGCCUUUGAGUUGAACUCUCCAUCGUGGCUUCCAAUGCUCGGUCUGUUCGGUCUCGGACUUGGCUACGGCGCCAUGCUUACCAUCACCUUGGUAGCGCUCAUUUCGGCGGUCGAUCACCACUACCAUUCUGUAGUCACCUCUGCCUCGUACGCGUUCCGGAGUACCGGAAGCACUAUCGGCAUCACAAUUGCUUCAGCUGCAUUUCAAAAUGUGCUCAAAAAGGGACUAUGGGCUCGGUUUGGUGAUCAGCCAGAUGCCGACGAGCUAAUUCCCCGAAUUCGAGAUAGUCUAGAUGAGAUAUGGAAGGUCCCUGAGGACUGGCGUCAAGGUGUGCUGGAUGCUUAUAUGGUGUCGUUGCGGGCGAUUUUUAUUACUCUUCUUGGUGUUACGGUGUUGGCAGCAUUUUCGAGUUUGCUUAUGAGACAGCACACUCUGUACAACAACUUGGCCCGUCAAUGA